GGUGAUUUGUUUGUGAUAUAUGGAUGAUUAAUUUUUAAAAUGUAGAAAUAGUAUAUAUGUUACGAAUAUUCAGGGAAACUUGAGUCGAAACAUGGGUCGAUGCGUAAACCGUCUUUGGUUCCGACAUUUACACGUUUUCAAGAAUCAAAAUAUGAGGGUUUGCGAAGAGGAGUGGAUGUAGGCUAUGCCUGUUCAGUUAUUAAAAGAGAAUAGGCAGUGGUAUUGUCAUUUCUGCAAGCGACAUUUUAACUUUCGUUUCAUUUGAUGAAAAGCUACUUAAAAUGGAUUUUAAAAAAUAGAGUAAAUGAAAAAAAAAAUAAUUUGGAUAAUAAAUCGAGCAUAAAAUAUCAAGUGCUAGUAAUAGCUUAUAGUAAAUGAGUUUCUAACUUCCGCUUAUCGACUUUUUUACUUUCACGUGACAGGGUGACGCAAAAGCGAUUUCACUUAUCGGACGAGUUGUGUUGGGCUAUUUCUCGCUACUGGCCAUGGUUAUUCAUAAACUAAGGAAUGGGCCUUGUGCCUAUGAAGAAUCUGUUUGGAAGCAAGAUGCAGCCUCCUUUCAAUGUUCGAGUCCCGACAAUGAUUACCAUUGCGUCCCAAACGACAACAACAUAUUAGUUGAGUUAUGUAUACAACAGAUCUGGGUUGAUCCAAACAACUGUCCUGAAUACAACACAGGGGCCAAUACCUUGGACACUGUUCCAUGCAACGUGUCCACCGGGUCGUGUCCAGACGUUUUAUUUCUGUCCAAAGAAGUCUAUAAGUAUCCUGCGUGUUUGAAUAAAACGAUUAUAGGUGAUGAAAAAAUUUCUAGAGAAGAUAUCUUGAAAGUGCCACUGCCAUGGAUCUUUGUCGGAGUAGGGAUAUUAGUCUUUAUUCUUCUUCUCAUCGUGAGCUGUGUUGUGCAUCAACGUCGGAGAAAAAGACAACCAAAGAAGGAAGAGGAAGAAAUGCUUUUGAUUGAUAAUUUCAACUUAAAGAAACCAUUCUAUAAAACAUCAGCAUUUUACGAAGGAGUUGAAUUUAUCAAAAGUGAUGGUAAAAUACUCUGUUUGGAAGGCAAAUGGGGAUCUGGAAAAAGGUCCACAGCUAAACAAGUAUACGUGGCUGUCACGAAUUCAUCACCGAUAAUGAUCAGCCAUCCUCUUACAUUUGACGUUAAAGAACAUCAUGAACCAAUUAUUGCAGACAUGACACUUUUUAUAGAGGUAUCAGAGUCAGAAAAGGAAAACCUAGCAGAAAAAAUGCAGAUGUUAUUUGAAAAUAUGCCCUCUUCAAACACAUAUACAAAAGCUUUCAUAAUCUUUUUAAUCGAUGAAGAUCAAGAAAAUAUCGGUAAAUUUGUCAGAUCCCUUGGAAAGAAAACAAAAUUCAUAGAUCUAUCAGAGGAAUUAACAAACGGAGAUCGGACUCAGAUCCUAUAUUCCCAAUUUGAAACUUUCUGUCGGCAUAAAAAAUUCAGUGAAGUUGAAAACCUGGCAGUUCCAAUUGGCAAUAGCCAUUUUUUAGGUUACUCAGAAAUAUGUGCUCUGUUUUGUAGAUGUACAAAUUUCCAAAGAUUUGGUCCAGUGUUAUUUCGAAAUGCUCCUUUAAGAUAUUUAAAGUCAAAUUUACAAGAUAUGCACAAUUCUGAUAAAGAAAAGUUUUUAAUAUUGGUGUACAUGAGUCUAAAUAAAAUGGUGAUUAGUGUUGACAACCAAACCGACAUGUUACAUGAAAUACUGGAGUCGUGCAAUUGUGAUUCCAGUAAAAAAGAAAUCAGCAGCAGCGCAGAACAAAAUAACAUUACUGAAACUGAAGCCACAGAAAAGACAAGUCAAAAUAGGCAAGGAAUAUCCUCUGAAAAAAAGCUUAAAAAGAAAUACACGAGUAAAGAGUAUAUAACUUCCAUAAUUCCGGAGGAGUUUGUAAACAAAGAAGCAGAUCCGUCUGUUUACAGAUUACAACAUGACGUCAUAAAGAGAAUGACUCUUAUCGUGUAUGGAACACAUCAUUUUGAUAAACUCCUUGAAUUGUCCAAGCCUGAAGAGUUAAAGACAUGGGUUAAAGAAAAAGGCAUGAUGCCGGAUGUUGGACUGGGCGACAUAGAACCUGUUUUGAAAAUAAGCGGAGUAAAAUGGAAACAAUACCAAGAAAUAAUAAAUAUUGGUAAAAAUUCAAUUUAAGUAAUAAUCAACACGAUACAUGAUUUAAUGUCAACACCGGAACCACCUUAAUUCCGAUAGCAUUCUGUAUAUGUAAAAAGAAGUAUGAAACUAAGGAGAAUAAUCAUUUGUGAAUUUAAAAAAAAAACAACUUGACUCUAAAAUAUAAAUGACCUCUGUGUUUUUUAACC